AGACUGCUCUGAAUGUUCGAGCUUAGUAUGGAAAACUCUGGAAGUUUCCAUGGCGUUUAUAAAGUAGCCUGGGCACAGCGAGGCAAGUGGCGCAGAAUAGGACCGGCUACGAGUAAGCGCAACGUCUGCACUUGUCUGUACUUUAAAGACGAAAACGUUCGAAGACAAAGUUUAAAAAAGUUUACUGAACGCCUCAUCAAAGGAAAGCGAAGAAGGAUGCGGUGAUGCGACACAACGGAUGCCCACUGUCGCGAAACGCUAAUUAAGAAGAAAAACAAGAACGUUUCUCAAACAGUUCCGUGGUUAAAACAAAAACAAAUAAAAUGGGUAAAGACUAUUACGACGUUCUGGGAAUUAAGAAAGGGGCGUCGGAGGACGAAAUAAAGAAAGCUUAUCGUAAGCAGGCUCUGAAAUAUCACCCCGACAAGAACAAGUCACCGGGAGCCGAGGAGAAAUUCAAAGAAAUUGCCGAAGCUUACGACGUUUUGAGUGACCCAAAGAAAAAGGACAUCUAUGAUCGUUUCGGCGAAGAAGGUCUGAAAGGUAGAGGCCCCUCAAGUGGUGGUGAACCUGGCACCUUCAGCUACACCUUCCAAGGAGACCCUCAUGCCAUAUUUGCAGAGUUCUUUGGUGGGCGCAACCCCUUCGAACAAUUCUUUGGUGGCCGCAAUGGGGGUAUGGAUGAGGACAUGGACACUGAUGACCCUUUCGCCCGCUUCGGGAUGGGGGGAGCUGGAUUGGGUGGGUUCCCCCGCUCCUUCAGCUCAGGUAUGGGUGGCAUGGGUGGUCACAGUAGUGUCGUAAAGAAGCAGCAGGACCCCCCUCUGGUUCGUGAUCUGCAUGUGACCUUGGAGGAAGUUCUGUCAGGUUGCACAAAGAAAAUGAAGAUCUCUCGUAAAAGACUGAACCCUGAUGGACGAUCAGUAAGGGCAGAAGAUAAAAUCCUGGAGGUGCAGAUAAAGAAAGGGUGGAAGGAAGGUACCAAAAUCACAUUUCCUAAAGAGGGGGAUGAGACUCCCACCAACAUUCCAGCUGACGUGGUCUUUAUGUUGAAGGACAAACCACAUCCAGUGUUCAAACGUGAUGGCUCGGACAUUGUUUACCCAGCCAAGAUUUCACUCCGAGAUGCCUUGUGUGGCUGCACAGUUAAUGCACCCACACUGGGUGGCAGACCAGUGACCGUGACUACAGAUAUAGUACAACCUGGUAUGAAGCGGAGGAUUAGUGGUGAAGGGCUUCCUUAUCCUAAGCGGCCCGAUCGUCGAGGUGACCUGAUUGUCGAGUUUGAGGUCAAGUUCCCAGAAAGGCUCAGCCAGAGUGCUCGGGACACCAUCGCUCAGGUCCUACCACGAUCUUGAGGAAGAUAAAACACUAUUGAACUAAGCUGCCAACAAUUUUUGUCAAUAUGUUUUUAUUUUUUAGGGCUUGUGUGUCGGUUAAAUGCCCACCAAAUAAUAAAGUAAAGACAUGUAAAUAUGACUUUUGCGUGUUUUAACUUUUCUGAAUAGAUUAUAUUUUGAUGAAAUUAAGUGUAUAUAGUAUACCAAAUGCUUUAUCAUGAGGGAAUUGUUGUUGGUUGUAUAGGUUAUUUUUGAGAAAGUUUUCUAUUUUGUAUAAAACUGCAACCUGAAGAUUUGCUAUUGAUUGUUAACAUGCUUCAGAUGGGAACUUGGAGAAAUCGUUUUGUUCAGAAACAUGGCAAAGGAUUUGGUUGCAAAGACAGGCCAUACAGCACAUGCAGUAAGUGUUGAUGAUUUAAUGUCCCAAGUAAUUGUUGGGUAAUGGAUGGUACAACAGGCGGCUGCACUUAUUGUUGGACAGAAUUGUCAAACAUUGUUAUUGAAAGAGCAAUAAAAAAAGAUAAAGAAAACCAGA